UCCCUCUCUCUCUCGCUCGUCUUCCUUGCCCCCUCGCGCAACAGCAGCGCCACAACGCAGUGAGUGGCACUUCCGUGAUUUCGCCGCCGCGGGGGGCGGGCGGAGGAGAGAAGGAGGGAAGGAGGCCAUGGGCAACGCCAGCGGCAGGGAGGAGGACGCCGCCGCGCCCGGGGAGGCCGACGCCGCCGACGUCGACGUGGAGGACGGAGGCGACGACUCCUCGGCCCGCGGCUUCCCUCCCUACGGCGGAGGCGCCAACCACGUGCGCCGUGCGUGCUCGGUGGGUGUCGUGGGGGCCAGCGCCGGGCCCGGAUCGCCGCCCGGGAGCCCCGGCCGCUCCCUCUCGCCGCGGAUGUUCGUGCCCCAGACACCUGUACCUCCAUUGCAAAGACCUGCUGAUGUAACUCCAGUAUUCGAUGAAAUACUGAUGAAUGAACAAGAAGAAGAAUUUGAUGGCCCCCCUCAAAAGGAAAUACCUGCUUUGAUUGUGUGGACUCUUGGAGGAAAGAAUGUAUCUGUUGAAGGAUCUUGGGAUAACUGGAAAUCAAGGAAACCGAUGCAGAAAUCUGGAAAAGAUCAUUCUCUUCUGUUGAUCCUUCCUUCUGGAGUUUAUCGUUAUAGAUUUGUUGUAGAUGGAGAGAGGAGAUGUUUUCCUGACCUUCCAUGUGAAACUGAUGCCAUGGGCAAUGCUGUUAACCUACUUGAUGUUCAUGAUUUUGUUCCUGAAAGUGUUGAAAGUGUAUCAGAAUUUGAGGCUCCUCCAUCCCCAGAAUCUAGCUACAGUUUCCAGUCACCCGAGGAAAAGGACUUUGCGAAGGAGCCACCUGCUCUUCCGUCUCAGCUUCACCUCGGCGUUCUUAACUCACAGAACUCGGAGGAAAUAUGUGCACGGCCCCAACACAUCGUCCUCAACCACCUUUUCAUCGAGAAGGGUUGGGGUGCCCAUCCGCUGGUGGCUCUUGGUGUAACCCACAGAUUUGAGUCCAAAUAUGUAACGGUCGUCUUGUAUAAGCCCAUAGAACGAUAGCAUAGCAGCCGCAUGAAGUUGAAGCUAAUGCUUGACAACUCACCGCGAAACCAGCAACGAACAGCAACAGCGUGGCCUCUCCCUGUAAAAGCACUUCAGGUACAGGAAUAUUUUCGAUAACUUGAAGGAGGUUCUAGUCGUGAUAUUGCUCCCCUUCUGUAUACCUCCUGGCGGACGGCCUUAUCGUCGUGAGUUAAUACAUAUACUUGUUGUUGUUUCCAACCCCUCGGGAAUGAUACGUGUAGAAUUGUCACCGAAAAGUGAGAACUGAGAACCGUGGGACUCCACUGAAACGCUAGGCUUCAGAGUUAGAUCUUGUGAUCCUUUUUCUUCAUUGUUUUUCAUGGUGAUGAUGGUGUUGUGUAAUAAUACAAAGCUACCGGUUACCAUUGUC